AAGCAAAAUAAAAAUCAUGAUUGAUAAAGAUUUUAUGUAAGAUCUAGAAGAUGAAGAGGAGUAAUAAAUAGUAGAGGCAAAAAAGUAAGUUGAAGAUGAGCCUGCUUGUUCUUUGCUAAAAGAUAGCAAAUUUCUUUAGCAUUAUCAAAGGGUUUUAGAAGUAUCUGCUUAUCAAAUCUAAGAUGAAACAAUAGAUGCAAGUCAUGAAGAAUAUCAUUUGAUAUUAAGAUCAAACGAAUAUAGUACAAUAAUCGAUUAGGAGUAUUGAUUUUGAAUAAAUUAAGGAUUUUAAAUAUUCAUAAAUAAUUGAAGGAUGUAUACCAUAAGAAGUUUCCUGAGUUAGAAAAAAUAAUAAUAAAUCCAAUAGAAUAUGUUAAGAUAGUGCAACUGAUUCGAAAUGCUAUAGAUCUUUAGGCUAUAGAUUUUUCUUAACUUUUGAGUGGUUAACAAGUAGUAGCAGUGAAUAUAGCAGCAAAAUAAUCAUUGAUAGGAUAGCUUCCAGAGGAAGAUGUGUUAUUAGUAGAUUAAUUGUGUCAUAAGAUAGAAACUUUGGAUAGCUAUAAUUAGAAAAGUAAAUAAAAAAUAAAAUGAUUAGUAAUAUCCUAUAUUGAAUCACGAAUGAAAUACAUAGCUCCAAAUGUUUCAGCUUUAAUUGGUACACAGUUGGCUUCAAAAUUGAUGGCAGCAGCAGGAGGAAUAGAAAAGCUUGCAAAUAUGCCAGCAGGUAAUAUUUAGGUUAUGGGAAGUGUAAAGAAAAAUAUGUUAGGAAUGAGUAGAGCUAUGCAUAAUAGAAAUACUGGAUAUUUUGGAACUUUAGAGAUUGUAUAGAAGGCAUCAGGAAAAUUACAAAAUUAGAUAGUAAGGAUGUUAGCAACAAAUGUAGCAAAAGCAGCAAGGGUUGAUAAUAUGAAGACAUGUCCUAAAGGAAAUGUAGGAGAGGAUUUAAGAAUAAAAAUGAUGAAAAGAUAUUAAAAAAUAUAAGAACCUCCUCCUGCAAAAUUAGAAAAGCCUUUGCCUAUUCCAGAUGAGAAUAAGAAGAGAAGGAGAGGUGGGAAGAGAUUUAGAAAAUAAAAGGAAAGAUUGGCUAUGACUGAAGUGAGAAAAUAUGCAAAUCGAUUAAAAUUUGGAUUAGAGGCAGAGGAUGAGAUUAAAGAUACAGGAAUUGGAUUGGGAAUGUUAAGUUAAGGAAUAGGUAAGGUUAAAUUACACAUAAAGAAAGAUAAGCCUAUUGGUUUAAGCAAGAAAUUAUAAUAAAGACUUGCUUAAACAAAAACUCAAUCUGGUGGUGGCACAGGAGGAUUAACAUCAAGCAUUGCUUUUACACCUACAUAAGGAAUUGAAUUAAUAAAUCCAGAGGCUGGAUAUUUGUCAAAAGUUCCUGAUUAAUAUUUUAAUAGAGAAUCUGGAUUUAGAACUGUUUUAAGAAAAGAAAGAGAAUUUGGUAGAUAGUUUUGAUUAGUUAAUUUAGUUUAAUUUUUAAA